CAUUAAAGUCAAGAUGGCGUUAACUGGCGAAGAACGCAAAAUAUGAGCGGUUUGAGUUUGAUAAAUUUGUAUAGUUUGACAGAAAUCAGAAGCAGCGAGGAAUAUUCUUACGCACAUGAAUCUGCCCUAUUGACGGAUUUAUUAAAACAACACGUUGAACGCGAAUAAAGGCCGAGAUGAUGCACAGAAGGGGCGGGAAGCGGAUCCGGAUGGACGAUCCGGUGCCGCCAGAGUACGAGACCCCGAUGACACCUAUGACUCCAAUGAACGACAAUUCUGGCGGGGACGCGAACGACUAUGCUGCUUACACCCCUACGUAUCAAGCGUCUCAAACGCCAAUGCGCAAUCCCACUCCGGAACAUUACUAUUCCGAGAGCUAUAGUUCACCGAGCACAUCUCAACAGCAGUAUCAGGAGCAGAACAAUUUUGAUAAUCAGGCACAAUUUGAGGCUCCUAUGACACCUGCCACCCCUAACAUGAGAAUCACGAGGAACACACGUGCCAGGAUGCGUGGAGGAGUGGUACAGCAACCCAAGUACAAAGAAAUUGAUACAGAUUAUACUCCACAAACCAGCAGCAGAGGAAGAGGUGGUGGGGGACGAGGACGUGGCAAAAGGGCACAUCAUUCGCAUAGUCUGGAAGAUGAAGCUAGUCUUUACUAUGUUAUUAGGAACAAUCGUUCAUCACUCACUACCAUUGUUGAUGACUGGAUAGAAAAAUACAAGGGUAAUAGAGAAAACGCGUUGCUUAUGCUUAUGCAAUUUUUCAUCAAUGCAAGUGGUUGCAAAGGACGUAUCACUUCUGAGAUGCAACUUACUAUGGAGCAUGUGGCAAUUAUUCGCAAAAUGACUGAAGAAUUUGAUGAAGAAAGUGGUGAAUAUCCCUUGAUAAUGACAGGACAACAGUGGAAAAAGUUUCGUGCAAAUUUCUGUGAAUUUGUUCAAAUUCUUGUUCGUCAAUGUCAGUAUUCGAUCAUCUAUGAUCAAUUUUUAAUGGAUAACGUUAUUUCUUUACUAACUGGACUCUCAGAUUCCCAAGUGAGAGCGUUUAGGCAUACUGCAACUCUUGCAGCUAUGAAAUUAAUGACAGCUCUGGUGGAUGUUGCUUUGACUGUAUCUAUAAAUUUGGACAAUACACAGCGUCAAUACGAAGCAGAAAGGCAGAAAGCACGAGAGAAAAGGGCAGCGGACAGAUUAGAGUCCUUGUUGGCGAAACGAAAGGAGUUGGAAGAGAAUAUGGACGAAAUAAAAAAUAUGCUUACAUAUAUGUUCAAGUCUGUUUUCGUUCAUAGAUAUAGAGAUACUUUGCCGGAAAUACGCGCGAUCUGCAUGGCGGAAAUCGGAGUCUGGAUGAAAAAGUUUCAUCAAAAUUUCUUAGAUGAUUCGUAUUUGAAAUAUAUUGGUUGGACUUUGCACGAUAAAGUUGGAGAAGUUAGGCUCAAGUGCCUGCAGGCAUUGCAACCGUUGUACGCUUCGGAGGAAUUAAAAACAAAGCUUGAACUGUUCACGAGCAAAUUCAAAGAUAGAAUCGUCGCAAUGACGUUGGAUAAGGAAUACGAUGUAGCGGUACAAGCUGUGAAGCUGGUUAUCUCGAUCUUAAAACAUCACAGGGAAAUUCUCACUGAUAAAGACUGUGAACAUGUAUAUGAACUUGUGUAUUCGUCGCAUCGCGCGGUUGCUCAGGCAGCCGGAGAGUUUUUGAAUGAGCGUUUAUUUCGUCCGGAGGAUGAACCCGUAGCGGAUGUUAAAACCAGACGCGGCAAGAAACGAUUGCCAAAUACACCUCUUAUACGCGAUCUUGUUCUAUUUUUUAUCGAAUCUGAAUUGCACGAGCACGGAGCUUAUUUGGUCGAUUCCCUAAUCGAAACUAAUCAAAUGAUGAAGGACUGGGAGUGUAUGACAGAUCUCUUGUUGGAGGAGGCUGGUCCUGACGAGGAAGCAUUGGAUAAUCAAAAGGAAACGUCCCUUAUCGAAUUGAUGGUGUGCUGUAUAAAGCAAGCCGCUACGGGCGAAGCACCCGUUGGUCGUGGACCCACUCGGAAAAUUUUAUCGGCGAAAGAACUUAAACAAGUUCACGAUGAUAAGCAGAAGCUAACGGAACAUUUUAUUCAAACAUUACCACUGUUACUCGACAAGUACAGGGCAGAUCCCGAGAAAUUGGCAAAUUUGCUGGCUAUCCCGCAAUAUUUUGAUUUGGAUAUUUAUAAAAAAUCUAGACAAGAGACAAACUUAGAUUCUUUACUAACUAAAAUCCACGCGAUUGUUGAAAAAAUGCAUGAUAGCGAAGUUUUAGAUACAGCGGCUAAAACUUUAGAACAUAUGUGUAUAGAAGGUCAUGCUAUUUUCACCAGAUGUGACGUCGCUCGUUCCACUUUGAUCGACUCUAUCGUAAAUAAAUAUAAAGAGGCGAUCGAUGAGUACAGAAAUUUGAUUGAAGGAGAUGAGGAGCCAGAUGAAGAUGAAACAUUUAACGUUAUCCAAUCGUUAAAAAAAGUUUCUAUAUUUUAUUCUUGUCAUAAUAUGAAUCCAUGGAACAUAUGGGAUUCACUAUACAAGGACAUAGAGGAUCCUUCAAAAGGUUUACCAUCAAUGGCAAUUAAAUACUGUAUAAGCGCAUGUUUCUUUGCUAUUUUGUGGAGUCAGAAUCAUUCGAUGGAAGCUGCAGAUUCGGGCAGUCACGGUGAAGAGGAAUGUCGGCAAUUAAAGGAACGGUUGCAUUCAUUUAUGGGUUCAAUGCGCCAUUUCGUCAAUGGCGAUGUGGCGAUUUUGAGGGAAGAAGCAUACAAUACGAUAUGUGAUUUAUUAGUAUUAUUCUGCAAUCAGCUGACCAAUCAUACUAAUCCUUUGAUGCAUCAAUUAGUGUACGAACCUGACCAAGCAAUGCAGAACAUGCUCAACAGAUUUAUACAAGAAUAUGUCUUCUUCGAAGAGGAGGAUGACGAACACGAUGAACAUUCUAAAAUCGAGGAACUACAUAAGCGAAGAAAUUUCUUAGCUGACUACUGCAAGUUAAUUGUCUAUAAUAUGAUCCCCACGAAAGCGGCAGCCGAUGUAUUUAAACAUUACGUCAAAUAUUAUAACGACUAUGGCGAUAUUAUUAAAACUACAUUAGGUAAAGCAAGAGACAUUAAUAAAACAAAUUGCGCGCUGACAAUGCAACAAAGCUUAAAUAUUUUAUACAACGAGAUAGUAACUGAAAAAGGCAAAGUGAACAGAAAUAGUGAAGAAUUCACUGCAAUCAAGGAACUCGCGAAGCGAUUUGCUUUGUCCUUCGGUUUGGAUGCCGUGAAAAAUCGCGAAGCAAUUACCGCCUUGCAUCGUGCGGGUGUGUUGUUCGCCAUUACUCCACCAGACGGUGUCGAACAGGAUCCUACAGGUCCACCACCGAAUUUACCAUUCCUCGAGAUACUAUCAGAAUUCACGAAUAAGCUUCUUAAACAAGAUAAACGUGUUGUACUCAAUUUCCUGGAUAGACGAUUACAAGCUGGAAUGCCGUCUUCACGAGGAGAAGAUUGGCAGCCUUUACUUUUGUACAGAAAUAGUUUAUUACAUGGUGAAACUGAUCAAGUUCCAGUCACGAGUAAACGAGCUUACACGAGACGCAAGAAGGAUCACUUGGCUGAAGAAGAAGAUGCUGAUGAACCUGAUGAAGGUUCUGAUCAUGAGUUUGCAGGCAAACACAAAAAAAAGCGUCCACGGAAGAAUCAAUUACCAGUUAAUAAAGUAGUGAUAACACGUGGACCUAGAACCAAUACUUUCUAUGAGAAUAAUGACACCGGACAAAUGCAAACCUCUCCUUUGGCGAACAUAGAAGAUACAUCGACAAGUCCUCCGCAUGAGCUCGAUAAUAGACUUAAAACAUUACAAAUACAGUCAUCACGAGCACGAAGAAGUCAAGAGCAUGUAGAGCACAGGGAAUUACGAAGAACUUCAAGGAAUUCGGGCAGAUAUGUAGAGGGGCAAUAUAUGGAAUCUGAUUCUGAGUAAGAAAACAUAGUCCAUAAAAGCUUUACUUUAAUUUAGACAACUGGAUUGUGAUAUGUGUUCAGGUAUGUCAUUUGAAAAUUAUAGACAUACUUAACUAUGGAUGCUUCAGGAAAGCUAUCAAAGCAAACAUUAAUACAUUAUUAUAUAAAGAUAUUAGAUUAGCACAUUAUAAACAUGUAUAAGCAAAAUUUAGGUUUUCUAUGAGAUUAAAUUUAUUUUAUCAUAUAUUACACAAAUAGAUUUCAGCGUGAAUAUUAAUACCUUAUCUAUAUAAGCAAAUUUUCUUCUUUUGUCAAAUUGAUUUAUUUUUUAUUAUACAUUAUAUAAAUAAUACAGUAUAUAUGUUUCAUUUUUAUAUAACAUGCAUAUAAUGUCAUAAAAGCUUUAUUUUUUUGAUUUAAAUAAAUGUAUUAUGAUACAUAUUCAAAGCAGAUAUGGCACAAGAAAGCUUUCAGAGAGCAGGUAUUGACAAAUUAUUAUAAUAGAUUAGCAUUAAUAUAUAUAUA